AUGGCUGCAAAUCACAUGGAACAACAAGAAAUCAUCGAUGCAAUUAUUGUUGAAAGAAAGGCAAUUACAUUUGAGCGUGAUAUUCUGAAACACAAAGUAGAAAAUUUAGAACAAAAGUGCCGCGAAUCGACCUUUUGUAAAGUGGAGAAUGAAAAUGUGAAAGAAAUGCAAAUGAAAUUGAAUGAAAAGGAAAAUCAACUUCAUCAGAUUACUUUUGAUAUGAACGAGAAAGAAGAAGAAAUUACAAAUUUGCAUGCGGUCAUCAAAGAUCUUAGAGAUGAAAUCAAUGAGAAAAACUGUAUCAUCGAUGAUCUGAACAGGAUUACAAGUGAAAAAGAAUGGAGCCUGGGAGAGCACAGGCAGUGGCUUGCUGAUGCCAACAGAAAGGUAGGUCAUAUGAAAUGUGAACUAAACAGCAUUCGAGAACAAGAGAAUUCUACUAACGAGCAAUUAAUUAGGCUAAAAAAUGAAAUUGAAGAGAAAAACGCAAAAAUAUCAGAACUUAAUGACAAAUGCGCGAAAAUGGUAGUACAAAUUGCUGCAUUCGAACAAAAAAAAGAAACGAUACCAAAUGAGGAUAAGGUAUUAGAAUUAUCAGCACUUCGAGAAAAACUUUGUAACGCAGAAGAAUACGUUAAAUUUCAAGCUGAACAAUUAGAAUACCUUAGACAAGUAAGUCAUAACUAG